AGUUUUACUUUCAUUUGUGAUACAAGUUCGCUGCACUUUACAGGGAUAUUUUUAAGUAGCUUUCCCACACGUCUUUAAGAUCAUCCACAAAGUAAUCCAGCAUGGCUGUGCAUGAAAUCCUUCUACAGUAUUUGGAACAACUGGAUUCUAAGGAAGUGGAUUCAUUUAAAUAUCAUUUAACUAAAGUCAAAAGCAACGCAAUUCCCAGAAGUCAGUUGGAGAAUAUAUCAAGGUGGGCUAUUGUUGAAUGUAUGAUUCAACGUUAUCAUCCUGAUGGUGCUGGGAAUCUCACUCUGCGUAUUUUGAAAAAGAUGAAGAUGAUGAAUCCUGCAAAAGAGCUGCAGGAGAAGCUAGCUGCAAAGAAGCCCGUCAAUAAGAAAUCGGCCAAGAAAGCCAAGAAACCCGCCACAGCAGCCGCUAAGAAAGCAACCAAGAGCCCCAAAAAGGCCAAGACUGCCAAACCCAAAGCCACUAAGCCUAAAAAGGCAGCUCCCAAGAAGAAAUAAAGUCCACUGUUUGUUCCUCAACGGCUCUUUUAUGAGCCAAGUGGAGCAAUCAAAUAGAGCAAAUCUAAUAGUGCUGUAAUCGAAAUAACAGUUACAGAAGAGUGUAUAGAAAAUAUUGUUUUACCACUUCAGUUCACUUUGCAAUGUUUUACACAUGUCGACUGUGCACUUAGAAACUUAAUUUGGAUUAUAUGCAUCUUAUUUCUUAUUUUUAAUUGACUAAGAAAUCAAAUACACUGCUGGACAAUAACCAAUAAUUUGUAUUUUAUAAUAUCUUUCACCCUAUAUUUUUCUAACGGCGAUUGUAUGAUUGGUUUAUAUACUACAAACACUAUUUUCCAUUGUUAUCACAGAAUAAGCUAGACAAUAUAUUUUAAAUUCUACAAUUGCUGUUUCAAGAAGCUUUACGACAUGUUUUGCGCAGUGAAAUCGAACGCUCAUUGGCUCUCGCCUGUACUUCACAGAUUGCAGCAUGCCGUAUUUAUGGUGCGGUGUGUUUGAAUAAGAAAUGCGAGCCUUCACGAAGUGGAUCGGGAAAAUAAUCUGGAUAAUAUUUUUCAGCGAUUAACAAAUUAAAUUCUGCUCUGUUCCUCAUACAAAACUAAUGUAUUCUGUCAGAGAGGACUGCAACUGCAACACCGUCA